AUGAGCCUCUAUCUCAUUCCAUCGAGCAAGUACGCCCAAUGGACUCCUCUGACUGCAAUCACUGAUAGCUUCCAAGACUGGUCUGCGUUGAUGCCCCAGAAGAAGAUCUCGAAGAACAGCGCUGGACCUAGCAACCACUUUGUGUUCACGGGACCAACAACACAAGAUGACGACGGAUCCGAGGAGGAUUCCGACGAAACAGCAACCCUUGUGACCUAUGGUCAAAGUUCAAAAUCGCGUGGCAAGCAGCCGGUAGGCCGAGUGGUUCCCAGAUCACCAUCCCCAACCGGACCUCCAACGAUCCAGUACUUCGUCGAGCCUUUGAAUCGCAAGAGCAUCUACCGCGCCAAGUUCCGCUAUCGGUCGAUUCACACGAUCGCGAAGAUACUACAUGGGGUAUCAUACGAGUCCCACAAGCUGUCGCCCGAACAACAUCGACGAUGGAAGAGGGAUCUGAAGGCCGUCGAGGAGAUAGUAGCAGCAAACCUAGAGCCCGAACGCCAGAACAAGCGAAAGCAACUCAGUGAGGGAGGUCCGUCGCGAAAGAAGUUCGCGCCGGAUCCUAAAGCAGAGGUCGUCGAGAUCUCGGACUGA